AUGUCAUCACAACAACAGCAACAACAGCAACAACAACAACAAGGUUAUAAAACCUUUGGUUUGAAGAUUGGAUUUCCUGCAGGAUUUCCAAUGAAGUACAAGAGUAUUAGAUUCCCAGACUAUAAUAUAAGUGUACGCGAAGCUGUAAACUACAUCAGUAGUAAGCAGAUCAUACCGAAACCAGAGAGUUAUGUUCUACAGAUAUCGUAUAUCGACGGACCUGGAACUGGCUCAUCGUCUGGAGCGAGUCAAUCGUUGUCCUCCUCGACUGGCAUGAGCGCACCGGUUGCGGGUGGACAACGACCGGAAAAACGUGUCGUAAAGUGGAUGGAUGACACUGCCAAACUCUCGUCGUAUCCACUUGGCGCGGCUGAUGUCGUCCUCGAAAUGCGCAAGCGUCUGCAACCUGUGAAAGUGGUGUGCGCGACACAAUCGAUGCGUCUGGUUGCCGACGUCUCCAAGCCGAUGGGAGAUCUUCUCGAUUUCAUCGCCUGCAAGUUCAAGCUGUCGACAAGUGACUCGGCUCGCUACCGCUUGUUCCACAACAACGUGGAGUUGCCAACCCAACUCGAUAUUCGCGCGCUCAACAUCGACACGCAAAUUCCAUUCUUUGUUCAUAAUAGCGCCGAUCCCAAGUCUGAGAAAGACGACCCCUCGCUCUACAACGAGGAGCAAGACAGCGACGACGAUUCCUUCUCUGGCAAUCUGUCGCUCGAGGUGCCGGCAAAGUCGUUGGUGCCACUCAAGGAAGGCUAUCUCAAGAAGCAGAACCGAAAGAAGUCGUAUAACACUCGGUACUUUAUCCUGACGGACAAGUUCCUCUUCUACUACAAGUCGCCACAUGACCGUAAGGCAUCGGGAAUCAUCAACUACAAGGAGCAUGUCAUUCGCGUGAUGGUACCGCCUCGCGAUGCCAAACUCGAGUUGAUACCGAAAGACAGCUAUCAACAGAACUCGGCGUCGGUACACACACAUCCCGGUAGCUACGUCAUCAAAUUCGACACCGAACAGGAAAUGAAAUCUUGGAAUAUCGCACCGUUCACAUUCCAGUCGCCAACACCAGCACCGUCGUCGUCGUUGUCGUCGGCAGCACAACCUGUCAAAGGUGGAAAAGUUGCAAGCAAAGCAGUCUUUGGUGUACCGGUAGAGCGAUCCGUACCACCAGGAUCAGAUGUUCCACUCAUUGUCACACAAACCAUCGACUAUAUAGAAAAGAAGGCAAUGGAUGUCGUAGGUAUUUUCCGUCUGUCCGGUUCUGUCAACACCAUCGAACAAUGGAAGAAACAAUACGAUAGAGGUGACAAAUGUGAUCUAUUCCAAGAGAAUGAUCCACAUGCAAUUGCUGGUUUAUUAAAAUUAUAUCUAAGAGAAUUACCUGAGCCAUUAUUAACUUAUGAAAGAUAUGAUAAAUUUAUUGCUGCCCAAUCAAUGGACGAUUUAGCAUCAAGAAUUAAAUUGAUUAAACAUUUAGUUAGAUCAUUACCACAGACAAACUAUGCGAUUCUAUCAAAGUUGAUGGCGUUUUUGGGUAGAGUUGCUCAACACUCUGCAAACAACAAGAUGCAAAUUCAUAAUUUGUCGACUGUGUUUGGUCCCAAUUUGAUAAAGGAGAGAAACUCUGGUGCCGCCGGUACCAACGUUCAGAAUCUUGUGGAGGACACACCGAUUAUCAAUGCUCUCGCUCUCUCGCUGAUGAGAGACUAUCCAUAUAUCUUUGGAGACAAGGAGAUUCCAGAGCAAAAGAUCUACGCCAAGACACUCUACGACUACAACGGUGGUGAGAAUGGCGCGGUACCAGAGGAUUUGAUCUUCCCGCAGGGCGUCACCAUCCGUGUCACUGCAAAGUCGCAAGACGGCUGGUGGACCGGUGAAUAUCAAGGCAAAUCCGGACGAUUCCCUGCGACCUACGUCGAUUUGAUCGUCACACAAUCGCCAGCUUCUCUGCUCCGAACCAAAUCAAACUCUAGCAUCUCCAAGAAAAAGAAAUUCAUGCUCGAGAUGGAGAACACUCGUACCAAGACACAGGACAAUGAGAAACUGCUCCAGCAGCUAAGGGAGCGCAAGGAGAAGCUUCAGAACAGCAUUGCCUCGUUGAAUCACGAGAAACAACAGUUGGCACAGGACGCAGCCACUCAGAAACUAAUAGGAAAUGUAAAUACAACGAAACGAAAGCAAGCGAUUGCCAACAUACCAAAGACGAUCGAUAUCCUCCUGGUGAAGUACAACGAAUACAAAAAGAGUCACGACGAGCUUGCUACCAUUAGAAAUCUGUUGUUGGAAGAGUGCGACCAAUUCAACAACAAUCCAAAGGUUAAAGGAAAAUUAGAAAGCAAAGAGAAAGAACUACUCCAAUCAAAGAUAGACACAGUAGCUUCGAAAUUGGAUGACUCUCUAAAGGCAAGACAAAAGAGUCUGUCAUCAAAGAGAGUAAUCAACGAUGAUUUAGCUGAAUUAAAAAUAACCUUAACCUUAAAUUAA